AUGGGUAAAUCUCGAGAAGCAAAGAAACCUCUGAUACCGCAAAACCUUGACGAUAUUGUCGUUUUGGGAAGAUACACUCUGUUGGUAUGCCUUCUGACAGAGUUCGCCUUCCUUUCACAGCUUUCCAAUACAAUGUACAUGGUUUACGCAGGUUCGUCACCAGCAAUCAAAGGAUGCGGGAACAUAACAUUUGCAAGCAUGGAUGACGCUUGCGCCAAUCUCCAUUCAUGCGAAGAUGCUCCAUUGGAACUGGAAAGCCAGUUCUAUUCCGUAAACGAAGAGAAACCAGUAUUCGGUGUUUGUAAUUUAUCAGAAGUGCGCCUCGCUCGUAAAUCACUGGCGGUGAUAGGUCAGCUCAGCGAUAAAAAGAUGAGUCGUUUCCGAGCAGACUUCCUUUAA